AUGGCACUAUCCGCAAUGAACAUGCCUGGCACUGCCCAGCAUUUUCUAGAAUGUGGAAUUGAAGACUGUGAGAGAAAUUGUCAACAUUACUGCAAUCCUUGCCACUUGGAAUUGUGCGAGCAAUGCAGAAAUGAACAUCUGAAAAGUCCAGAAAACAAAGAUCAUGAGGUGGUCCUUUAUCAACAACGAAAGUGGCAACUUCCUAUUGAAAAAUGCAAAAUUCACAGAAAUAAGGAAGUUGAUUUGCUCUGUAAAGAAUGCCAGGUUCCACUUUGUUCUAAAUGCACCACACUAAGGCAUCAUCAGGGACAUACAUUUCUUGAUCUAGAGGCAAUAUAUUCAGAAAAGUUUUCACUUUGCCAAGAGGAAAUCAACAAAAUCCAGGAAUACUUUCUUCCUACAUCACAGGAUUUAAAGAAAGAAAUUCAAGAAGAUGCCACAGAAAUCAAGAAGAUCAUGAACAUCUUAAGAGCAUUUAUGAAGGCUGAUGCCGAUUCCCUUAAAAGUCUGGUGGAUGAAGUGGUCUCUGAGAACAUGAAGCAGCUAGACCAGAUAGAGAACUCACUGCUAAGGGAUUUAAAAACCCAAGAUAAGGCUUUCAGUGAUUACAUCACUUAUCUCCAAGAUCUUGUCAAAGAGUUCCAUGGCCAUUUGUCAUCUACAAAACCACAGAAAUUAAUUUCAAUAACUUCUGAGAGGUUGAAAAUCCAACCCAUACCAGAGACAACAAAACCAGUUACACCAGAAUUUACUGCUGGGCAGUACAGCAAAGAGGAUGUCACAAAAUUACUUGGCAGAAUAAAUGUUCCCAUUGUUAAAAGAGAAGGCAGAAAAAUAAAGGAAAUAAAUUCUUCAACAAUAAUGAAAGAUUCCACGAAACAAACAAAACAAAAUGCACAGAAAUCUAACGUGAAACAAACACUGUCUCUUUCUUCCUCUGUCACCAAGGUCAGGGAAUUCAAAGUACCAGGUGUUAACAUAGUGUGCCAUAUAUCACUAGAUCAGCCAGGCAGACUCUGGGUCAGCAACCUGCUUAGUAACCUUGUACAAACAGAUCUACAGGGGAAUCAGCUACAGAAGAUAGAAACCAGUGGUGGAAAUGGUUACCACACAGUGACACAGGACGGGGAUCUGAUCUUUACAGUCGGUAACAAGAAAGUCAUCAAUAGGAUAACACAGGAUAGCAACAUCACUGAAUUCAUUAAAACAGAAGACUGGAAUCCACUCAGCAUACACUCCUCCCACAUCAACGGGGACUUACUGGUGGGGAUGGUGAAGGAUAGAGAGGGUAAAGUCACCAGGUACAACAAGACAGGGAAAGAACUACAGAAUAUACAUAGGGAUAACAAAGGACAGGGACUGUAUAGUUAUCCAUUCUACAUAACAGAAAACAUCAAUGGAGAUAUCUGUACAUCAGAGUAUGAAAAGGCAGUAGUGGUGGUGAAUAAAUCAGGACAACACAGAUUCUCCUACAAAGGUCAGGGGUCAGUGUUCCGUCCCUAUGGAAUCUGUACUGAUGUCCUCGGUCACAUACUGGUGUGUGAUCUGUACAAUGUUCACCUCCUUGAUCAGGAUGGUGAGUUCUUAUCUCUAUUACUCACACCACAUCAAGUAUCUAGUCCAGUUAGUGUGUGUGUGGAUGAUGAGAACAAUCUUUAUGUGGGACAAAGUGGCAACAACACAGUGAAAGUAUCUUCAUUGACUUUUUGCCCAUGAAUGCAGUGCACACAUAUGGAGUUAACAAUAACAAAAGUAAAAUUUUCAAAUAUGUUGUGUGUGUGUUAUUUAAAUAAC